UACGGCUCAAACCAAUGACCUAAUCUCCUCCGGUGGAAAGUACCCGUGUAGACAAAGAGGUGUCUUUCUCGAGGAGGAAUUGUGUCGGCAGUCACAUAAAUCAAUCAAUUUCAACCGGAAAAUUUGAAUUAGUGAUCGAACUGAAGGUCAACCGAGAUUAUUCCAAACAGGAAAAUUACUUCAGUUCCUAACCAGGACUGAGUAUUGCACAGAGAACAUCCUGUGAAAAUGGAAGCUGAAAAAUCGUCCUCAUUGUUGUUGCUCAAAGAAAAGGAGAAUUUGGAGGAGGGUCUAACUGAAAUCACAGGGGAAGGCUCUUCGUUUGCAGACCCCUUCUUAGAAGUCAAGGCAGAACCAGAAUUUUUUGACGGUGAGGAAUUGGAUGUGAACUGUUUAUCCCAAUCUAUAAAGUAUGAAGAGGAGGACAGCUCUCCAAGCUGUGAUGAUGGAAGUGGAAAGAAGAAGAUAUGUAUGGCAGAAGAAAAUAGACAUUUGGGUAGAAAAAUCAUAGCAGGGAAGCAAAUAAGUUGUGCUGAAUGCCAAAGGACAUUUCCAAAGAUGUCCCAAUUGAAAUCCCACAUGAGAACUCAUACAGGAGAGAAACCACAUACUUGCUCUAUAUGUCAAAGAAGUUUUUCUCAUUUAUCUCAUCUCAAGUGUCAUAUGAGAACUCAUACAGGAGAGAAACCAUAUAUUUGUUCUAUAUGUCAAAGAAGCUUUUCUCAAUCAACAUAUCUCAAAUCUCACAUGAGAACUCAUACAGGAGGGAAACCAUAUACUUGCUCUAUAUGUCAAAAAAGUUUUUCUCUUCAAUGUAAUCUCCAAAGACACAUGAGAAUUCAUACGGGAGAGAAACCAUUCACUUGCCCUGUAUGUCAAAAAAGUUUUUAUCAAUCAGGUGAUCUCAAAACACACAUGAGAACUCAUACAAGAGAGAAACCAUACACUUGCUCUAUAUGUCAAAGUAGUUUUUCUGUUCAAAGUAGUCUCCAAAGUCACAUGAGAACUCAUACAGGAGAGAAACCAUUCACUUGCUCUGUAUGUCAAAGAAGUUUUUCUCGCCCAGCUCAUCUCAAAAUACACACAAGAACUCAUACAGGAGAGAAACCAUUCACUUGCCCUAUAUGUCAAAAAAGUUUUUAUCAAUCAGGUGAUCUCCAAAGACACACGAGAACUCAUACAGGAGAGAAACCAUACACUUGCUCUAUAUGUCAAAAAAGUUUUUCUCAUCAUAGUCAUCUCAAAAGACACAAGAAUUUACACUAGACAGAAACUGUUUACUUGAUCUCUGUUCAAGUAGUUUCACAUAAGUGACUUACCAAACAAUUACAUUAGCUGUACGCU